UCUUCUCCAUGAUUCCGCCCGGUGAGUUCUGCCCAUACCUGAACAUGCUAGAAUACGGAGCACACAACGCGUCCAUCUGGACCAUUGUGGCUUACACCAUCGAAAGAUUCAUCGGUGUCUACUUUCCUGUUUGGAAGUUCAAAGUCUCCAACCCAACCGCGGCAAAGUUCGCUAUCUGUGGAGUAUUUCUGUUGUCAUAUCUCUUCGCCAUCCCCGAAUUCUUCACGGUCAGCGCCACAACAAAGGAAGUACUCUACGGAAACAUUACUACGUAUCGCUGCAACCUGAAAGAAAAUUUGCCUGUAGAAUUUAGACUGGGCGUGAUAUGGGGGCAUAGUGUGUUAUUCUAUAUGCUUCCGUUCAUAUUGAUUAUCGUACUAAAUAGUCUGAUCAUUUGUAAACUAAGAGGAUUGAGACGAGUGGGUCCUCAACGAGCUUGGACGUUUCCAAGUGCAUCUAGAAUGGCCAAUAAUAGACUUAGAGUACGUGCGAGGACGACAGAAAGGUCAGAAUCUGACCACAAGGUAGUGAGAAAUCAUUUCCAACCAACGAAACAGAGGGGAAAUAGAGACGGGCGGACGGAGGGGACAAGAACAGGUAAUAUCGGCAAUUCUCGUCGCCAGUCUCGCGUGACAACACGUGAUCAACAACAGCCUCGCUUUCGCACUAAUUCACCAGAACGGCGUGUGCUCUCUUCUAUCAUAGAGAGGAGCCACAGUGAAAUUAUCCUAACUGAGUCGGAACCUCGUCUUUCGGCUGAUGAAACAGGUAAUCAGCCGUGCAGUUCUGAAACAAACCGCAAGGAGGCUACUUUAGCAGUAAAAACAGACGGAAAUCCAACACCUAUUUUAUCAUCGCAAGGUCAACGAUUCUUUACACGGCCCAGAACGUCCCAAAUGGAAAACAUCACGCCACAUGGAGCCUCAAGAUUUAAAGGCAGACCUAUUCUCAUUUUAAUUAUCGUCAGUGCGACGAUUGUUCUUCUGUGGUUUCCUCGCUUCAUAAUCUUUCUAAUUCUUCGAAUCAACGACCAAAGCAGGUUUGAAAUUUUCUCCCACAAAGUAGCCAGUGAAAUAGCCACCAUGUUGGGACUGUUAAAUUCCUCGAUCAACGUGUUCCUGUACUCAUUUGUGGACAGUCGAUUUAGAAGUAGUGUUUUUAGGAUUCUGUCAUGUGGGAAAAAGUCACCCAAUCGAACUCUAGCAAGAGCGACACAGAGACAGACCAAUAACACGGUCAGAAUAGAAAAAGAUUAAAAGUAAUAUAGGAAACAUAAUAUCGUAUGAAAGACUUGCAUUUGGUAGGAUGUAUAUUUUAGAUAUCUUAAUAAACUAAAAUGUUUGCAUUUAGAAGUAUACUUGUAUAGGUUGUAGUAACCGUUGUACCCAUAAUUAGACAGGUAGAACUCAAUACCUUUUUAUUGUAAUAUUGCAGCACCCAAUUAUC